AUGUGGGGGGCGAAGCUGGUGCCCGACGUCAUCAGCUACAGCGCUGGGAUCAGCGCGUGCGAGAAGGGCACGCAGUGGCAGCGGGCGCUGGCGCUGCUGCGCGAGAUGCGGGAGGCGAAGCUGGAGACCAACGUCAUCAGCUACAAUGCUGGGAUCAGCGCGUGUGGGAAGUGCAUGCAGUGGCAGCGGGCACUUGCGCUGCUGAGCGAGAUGUGCGGGGCGACGCUGGAGCCCAACUUCAUGAGCUACGGCGCUGGGAUCAGCGCGUGCGAGAAGGGCGCGCAGUGGCAGCGGGCACUGGCGCUGCUGAGCGAGAUACGGGAGGCGAAGCUGAAGCCCAACGUCAUGAGCUACAGCGCUGGGAUCAGCGCGUGCGAGAAAGGCAAGCAUUGGCAGCGGGCGCUGGCGCUGCUGAGCGAGAUGUGGGUGGCGAAGCUGGUGCCCGACGUCAUGAGCUACAGCGCGGGGAUCAGCGCGUGCGAGAAGGGCGAGCAGUGGCAGCGGGCGCUGGCGCUGCUGAGCGAGAUGCGGGAGGCGAAGCUGGAGAUCAACUCAGCUACAGCGCUGCGACCUGCGCGUGUGAGAGAUGCGGCCAGUGGCGGCAUGCGUUGUCGCUGCUCAGCGAGAUGCGGGAGUGCAAUGUGA